AUGUGGUAUAUAUACAUGCUGGAACGAUGGGUAGAAUCUCCUCCUCCAAAUUACCUCCAAACAGCUAAAGUGUGGGUGCGUCUCUACAACCUUCCAGUCAACUACCUCACUUUGAAGACGAUUGAUGCAGUUGCAGAUGGUAUAGGCCAUGUCAAGGUGAUUGAGUUCGACCCUGAAAAACCGUUACUGAAUGACUAUAUCAGGGUCCAAGUUGUUUUGGACCUAAAUCUACCGGUUCGAGACAAAAAAUCUGUGACGCUACCUGGAGGCAGAAUUGAAUAUGUGGAUGUUGGUUAUGAACGUAUCAGGAAGAAGUGUUUCCACUGCCUUAGGCUGUCGCAUGAGAAACAAAAAUGUCCCCUUCUCCAAGGUUCCCGGAAUAAGGCUAAGGGCAUUGCUAGUCAUCAGUAUGGCUCGGAUAUUGGGACUUCAGGAGUUAGGCAGCAUCAUAACAAUCUGGCUGACAAGAUCAUGCCUCUUCUAGCUCCAUCCAUACCUCCUGGUUUUGAGCCCCAUGCAUCCUUAGUUGCUCCGGAGGUUUUUGAGCAGAUGAGGCUCUACAUGAAUUGUUCUGAUCCAGAAGAGAGGAUUAUCAGAGAAGCAAAGAUGAAGAAAACUCUCAAUGAGUUAUCUCAGGACCCCAUCGCACAACGAUCGUGCUUGCGUCUUGAAUCUGCUCCAAAAGUGGCACCGUUAACAAGUGAGGGUAGAGGUAGAAUCUUUGAUUUCAGCAGAGUCCAGUCAGAUCAAAUCCUUGAUGGUGCAGAAUCUUCAUCUAAGGGAACUGAUAUCCACAAACGUCAAAGGUCGAAAGAUCCAACAGAAAGACAUCAGAGGAAUGAGGUAGUAGAAACGAAUGGGCUUAUGACCUCCAGCAGCCAUAGACAAGAUUCUGUCUUUAAUCGCACAAGCGAUCAGUUUGGUACAGCUCCUGCUAAUCUUGAUGAUCCCAAAGUCUUGUCGAAAUCCCCGACCUUGUCUGGUGGCUUUACUGUUGGGGUUGGCGAUGUUCAGAGAGGAGAACGUGGUAGCAGAAGUAAGAGUUCCCACAAGAGCAAAACUUCGUGGACUAGAAGGAACCAAAACAAAAGAAGAGUUUCUUCAGCGGAACACUUUGAGAAUCGCCUCGCCAGGGAGGAUGCAGCUGGUAAACGCAAGGCAGAUGAAGAAGGGGAAGUUUCCUCAAAAAUGUCACGACACAACAAGGGUUUGAUGGUUCACCAGAAACCAUCCAAUCCUCAAUGA